AUGAUGUACAGGGAGUGGUGGAUAAUGAGUCGUCUGUUAAUGACAUGUAGUUUACGGCAGUUCAAACGCUUUGAUGGUCUUGAACACGAUAAAGUACCCGUACGCAGUGCCCAGGCCCGCCAAGACGAUGAUAUUGAUCCAGUUGAGCACCGAAUGGCUCUCGGGGGAGGACACCUGCGCACGGACGAGCGCGAGCGCUUGGAGGGUGAAGCAGAGGCAGUACGCUUGGCAGAAUGUCUUGCGGACCAGUCCAUCACCCACGAGACGUGUCUUCCACACGAGCCACCCUUGCGCCAAUGUCAGCGCACCGUACAACCGCACGACUUCGUGCACCAGGUGGCCGUACUCGGACCCGCCGAGCACCGAUACUGCGAGGGAAUGCGGCAGAAGGAAGCACGCGCCACCGAUGAUGAUGGCAAUGCAUGCAUGUACGAUGAACAGAGUGUCCAGGCGUCGUCGCGCUUCGUUCAUAGAGCCUGCAUGUGA